AUGGGUCUCAUCGAUAAACUCCAAGCCAAACUCGAACUCUACCGUCUAGAGCAACGUUACGCCCGACGCAAGCACCGCAGCACUUUCUCCACAGGUGCACAAUACGUCGACGGCGAAUAUGUCUACAACGCCGGCGCGAAUUCACCCACAAGCACAAUCUCAAAACAAUCCACCGGGAGCUGGCGGCCAUCUGGGAGGAACGGGUCUUCGGAGUCGCGGUGGCGGUGA